UCCCGAAUCCCAACUCAACUCCUCCAACCCCAGUCAAAGAAAAGAGGAAUACCGAGGAAUCAGGAAACACGGACAAAUAUCACAGUACACCAUUACACACAGUAACAAUGCAGACCUGAUCACCACAGCCCACUGAGCGAGCGAAAGAGAGAGAGAGAGAAAGAGAGAGAACGAAACUGUGUGCCUUGCGUGUAAGAUGGGGUUCGGCCGGGACCUGAGGAACUCCCACGAGGGUCUGAUGAAGCUGCAGGACUGGGAGCUGAAGCUGCUGGAGACAGUGAAGCGCUUCAUGACCCUGCGGGUGAAGAGCGACAAGGAAUACGCAUCGCUCCUGAUCAACAUCAGCCAGCAGGUGGACAAGCACGACAACUCCUCUCAGAUCCACUACGUCAGCCAUGUGUCCAAGUCGUGGACUCACAUGGUGCAGCAGACAGAGCAGUUGAGUAAGAUCAUGAAGUGCCACGCUGAGGAGCUCAACUCGGGGCCUCUUCACCGCCUCACCAUGAUGAUAAAAGACAAGCAGCAGGUCAAGAAGAGUUACCAAAGCCUCCACCAGCAGAUCGAGUCCGAGAUGAACAAGGUAACCAAAAGCGAUCUUGAGAGGUUGAAAUGUACCUACCGGCAGUUAACCAAGGAUGCUGUUUUAGCAAGAGAAAAAUACAAGGACGCCGUUCUGAAAGGCAAAGAGACUGAGAAAGCCCGUGAGCGCUAUGACAAAGCCACCAUGAAGCUGCAUAACCUGCACAAUCAGUACGUGCUAGCGGUGAAAAGCGCACAGCUGCAUCAGGAGCACUACCAUGAGUUUGCACUGCCUCUGUUGCUGGAUUCUCUACAGAAGAUGCAGGAGGAGAUGAUCAGUGCACUUAAGGGGAUUCUGGAGGAGUACAGUGAAAUCACCAGCCUGUUAACAGAUGAAAUAGUGAAGGUUCAUAAAGAAAUCCACACAUCCAUCGACCAAAUCGAUCCGCUGUCAGAGUAUGACAACUUCAUUGAAGUUUAUAAGUCACCAGAAGCCAAAGAACCAAAUGUAGAAUUUGAUGCAACGCUAUUAGACGAAACUGAGAAUCUUCAAGCAAAUGAGAUUCUGUGGAAUAAUUUGACAGCAGACAGCUUACAAGUGAUGCUCAAGUCCACCACAGAGGAGCUGCUAAUAACCCAGCAGAAUCUGCACAGCAAAGAAGACCUCAUGCUAGACCUGGAGAAAAAAAUGGAGGAAUCUACCAAAGCUUACGAGAAGAAAUCAGACGUGGUGCUGUUUCUCAGUCAGAGGCAGUUUCUGGAGGAGCUCAGACAGACAGUCCAGCUGAUGCGCUGUUCGGAAGCCAAACUCAUGGCACAGAGAGAACUGCUGGAGCAGAAGAUGCAGGAGAACGAGGGCAAAGAGCCACCGCCCGUCGUCAAUUACGAAGAGGAUGCCCGCUCCGUCAACUCAAUGGUAAUGCACCACUUGGAUAAAAGCAAAGACAGGAUAUCAAAGUUUGACACCCUCAGACACUCCAUCGCCGGAAUCAUCCGUUCGCCCAAGUCUGUCCUGGGCUCUUCGUCAUUUUUCGACGUGAUACCCACCAGUGAGAAGCCACUGGGCGAGCAGGAGUGGUAUCACGGUGCCAUUCCCAGGACAGAGGCCCAGGAGCUACUGAAACAACAGGGAGACUUUCUGGUGCGCGAGAGUCACGGAAAACCUGGAGAAUACGUGCUGUCUGUAUUCUCUGAUGGACAGCGCAGACAUUUCAUCAUUCAGUUCGCUGAUAAUCAGUACAGAUUUGAAGGCACAGGCUUUCCCACCAUCCCUCAGCUCAUAGAUCAUCACUACACCACUAAACAAGUCAUCACCAAGAAAUCUGGGGUCGUGCUCCUGAACCCCGUCAUAAAGGAUAAGAAGUGGAUCCUCAAUCACGAGGAUGUCAUUCUCGGAGAGCUUCUCGGAAAAGGAAAUUUUGGUGAGGUUUUUAAAGGAACGCUACGUGAUAAAACGCCGGUGGCUGUGAAAACUUGUAAAGAAGAUCUACCGCAAGACCUCAAGAUAAAGUUCCUCUCAGAAGCCAGGAUCCUAAAGCAGUACGACCACCCUAACAUUGUGAAGUUAAUAGGCGUCUGUACCCAACGGCAGCCCAUUUACAUAGUAAUGGAACUUGUGCCAGGCGGAGACUUUUUAUCAUUCUUAAGGAAGAAAAAGGAAGACCUCAAGACAAAGCAACUAGUAAAGUUUGCAUUAGAUGCUGCUGGAGGAAUGGCGUAUCUGGAGCUGAAAAACUGUAUACACAGAGACCUGGCUGCUCGCAACUGCCUCGUGGGAGAGAACAACGUGCUGAAGAUCAGUGACUUUGGGAUGUCCCGACAGGAGGACGACGGCAUCUACUCCUCAUCAGGACUGAAACAGAUCCCAAUCAAGUGGACCGCACCAGAAGCACUCAACUAUGGGAGAUACAGCUCAGAGAGUGACGUGUGGAGUUACGGGAUCCUCUUGUGGGAAACCUUUAGUCUAGGAGUGUGCCCCUACCCUGGCAUGACCAACCAGCAGGCCCGAGAACAGGUGGAAAAAGGUUACAGGAUGUCCUGCCCGCAGAAGUGUCCGGACGAGGUGUACAGGGUCAUGCAGAGAUGUUGGGAGUACAAGCCUGAGAAUCGACCCAAAUUUGCCGACAUUCAGAAAGAACUGGCCGCCGUCAAAAAAAAAAUAGCCUUUUAUCAAGGAGCUGGCUAUAAAGGCCGAACUCAUACUUCACAUCCAGGUGAUCCCUAAUCUGCAGAAAGAAACACCAGGAAUGUUUCGCCCUCAGAAUCUCAUGCAAUAUUGUACUAAAGAGAGAGUACUCGGUCACAUAAUCACUGUGUGAACUGCCUGCGCACCAGCUGUUUUGAGCCAUUAGCAUGGAGAGAGACAGAGAGAGAGCUCUCCGCUUUGCUCUGAUGUCAAAAUUAUGCAGAUUCUCCCUUUUUUUAUUGUUUUGCUUUUUGUAACUGAGCAACAGUUAAGCUACGACAGACAGAAGGUAAGAUAUAUGAGGUGUAUUCAGUUUGCCGUCGAGUAUUCCAGUGAAAUGAGGGAUAGUCCACCCCCCCAAAAAAGGUCAGUUUCAUGUGCUUUCAGACCUAAAUGACUUUUAUGUCUGUGGAGCACAAAGAAAAAUGUCUUUUUUUCUUCUUUUCAUUUGUUUGUUUUGUGUUGGGCAAAUUUAAAAGCCUUCAGGUUUGGAACUGUAAACAAAUGAUGACAGAUUUUCCAUUUUUAAGUGAACUAUCCGUUUAAAAUAGAGAGAUGAAUGUUGGAAAAUGGACUUUCUGUCCAUCUAAUAAAUCAAUUAAUUUCUUUUUUUUUAGAAUCCUAAACCUGUUUGUGGGUUUGGGCAGUUUUAUAGUCAAGUCAUUUUAUGUUUGUUUUACGUUCUUCGAGAAUUACGGAAACCGAAAUGUACAGAUAUUUACAUAAAAUAACUCAUCCAUUAGACUUUCCGAGAGUUACAUUCCAACUCAUCAAGCAAUGAGACCAAAUUCAUGAUACAUUUACCCAAGUGCAAUUUUUAUGAUCUCAUCAGCAGCACAGAUGUCCAGUCAGGGAGCCUUAAAGAAAAACCCAGACACACAAUACUGCCAGCCUGCUUCAGACAUGGACAUGGACUUCCAAAUCUCAGAAUACUGCAACCACUCGCCUCUCAGCUGAUGUUGAAAGGAACAGUUCAGCCAAAAAAUUAAAACAGCUAUCAUUUACUUUAGCUCUGUGGUAAGACUGAAGAGAGACACUUACGAAAUCUUCACGGAACAGUGAAAGCAUAUGGCGACUAAUAUGAACUCUUCAAAUAUAUUGAACUGCUCUGUAAUAGUGAUUUAUAUGACUUUUGCUGUGAGUCUUAAGGCAUAAGUAGAUGUUCGCUGAUGAAUCUCUUUCACAUCUAUAUUGUACAUGCAGUGUUAAAGGGUUAGUUCACUCAAAAAUUAUAAUUGUUAUGAAUUAGUCACUUUCAUGUCACUCCUGAAACGUUUGUUCAUCUUCAGUACACAAUUUACGAUUCUUAUUUUUUUUAGAUGAAAUCCUGGAGCUCUCUCAUCCUACAUAACAGCAGGUCACGAGGCUUUAAAAAUCCAGAACGGGAACAAAACACAUUGUCAAAACAUUCCAUGUGACUUGGUGUGACGUUCCUGUGGUUGGACUGUAAUCAAAUGAAGCUCCAAGAACACUUGGGCACCAAAAAACCUGUAAAUAUGACUUUGUUCACCUAUAUCUCAAGUGUGUGUAGUAAUUAACAUACACACUGAUCUAAUGCAGAAGACAUUGGUGAACAAAGUUGUUUUUAGAGUUGUUUUUUUGUUCCUUUUCUGGACUUCAAACAUCUCUGGACCAUUGCUGUCUAUGGACAGCUUUUGGAUUUCAUCUAUAAUAAUAUUAAUUUGUGUUCUGAACGUGAAAGAAGGUCUCUGUGGUCUCUGGAGCAACAUGAGGGUGAGAUAUAGUAACAGAAUUUAAAGUUUUGGCGGAGUGAAUCCUUUAAAGGGACCACUCAAAAAUCUAAUUAUGCUAUUAAUUUUCUUCAGGGCAUCUGAGAUGCAGUUUUGUCCUUCAGUUGACUAUUAAAGGAGAUCUAAAACUGUGGUUCUUGGUGAUUCGAAAAAAUGGCAGACACUUUGAGAGUCAGAAAACCAUAUAAAGGCAUAACAAAAUGAAUAUCAAUGCCGUUCAGAUGAUACAUUGUCUUCUUAUGACCCAAAACAGUUGGUCUAUGCAAGAAACGUUAUGUAGAGAUCAUUAUUAUUUUUAAUCCACAUUCUUAGCAAAUGGUCUUGAGUAUGUAAGAUCUGGGUUAACUAGGUAUAUGAAUGAGAAAACAAAUUAAUAUUUGGUUUAUUCUUGUUCUUAGACUGUAAAAACAAAAUCUAGGUUCCACACAAUUCCUUUAUGUUGUCUCAACACAAACUGAUUAAGUUAACUUAAUAAUUUGUACAAAUUUAAGUGGGUUGAACAUAGAACAAUUGAGAAAUGACAAGUGGUCAAAAUCACGUUUUCAUUUGUUGAGUUAUUCCACUAAAUACUGAGUUUUUUAUCUGUUCUGAAGUUAAAACAUUGAUCUUGUGUUGCCUAAAUAUCAACAGAAACAUGAAAACGCUGCACUGUUCUGUCAUUUAGACCCAAUGUCAUUUAAUGUCAUUAAAUUAGCAAAAAUGUUAAUAGUGAUUCACAGAAUUACAAAUCCAGAAUAUUCCAGUGGUCUCUUAAUCCUCCACAGCUGAUAUUUAAACAGACAAAAAGUCAUUGUUUUCUUUUAUACAUAUGCUGUAGAAGACAGAAUAAGCACAAGUUUGGAUGUAGUUUUCCUUUUGUUUCACUCUCAGAAGUGUUUCUAUCCAUUGACUUGCAUUUUAUCGUUCACCAAAGCACCAGUUUCCAAGUUUCGUCUACAAAUAUUGUGAUUUAGUUGAGUUUUUUUGCCUUUAGAAAAUUACUUUUACGUUUGUUCAUUCAUUUGUUGAGUUAUUCCACUAAAUAUAAAGUUUAACUGUUCUAAAGUUAGUUAGUUUAACUGUUCUAAAGUAACCUUGAUCUUGUGUUGCCUAAAUAUCAACAUAAACAUGAAAACCUUGCACUGAUCUGCACUGUCAUUAAAUUAGCAAAAAUGUUAAUAGUGAUUCACAGAAUCAUAAAUCCAGAAUAUUCCAGUGGUCUCUUAGUCCUCCACAGCUGAUAUUUAAACAGACAAAAAGUCAUUGUUUUCUUUUAUAUAAGCUGUAGAAGACAGAAUAAGCACAAGUAUCAUUCUGAUCAACAAUAGAACAUCUGUUUGGAUGUAGUUUUCCUUUUGUUUCACUCUCAGAAGUGUUUCUAUCCAUUGACUUGCUUUUUAUCGUUCACCAAAGCACCAGUUCAGCCUUCUAAAUAUUCUACUUAGGAAAAUAGUCACCUAUAUUUCGCAUAUCCUGAGCGUGAGUAGAUUAAUAGCAGCUUCUGCGUGAACUAUCCCUUUAAGAUUUGCACAGCUAUAUGAAGGAAUAUUUUCAGCAAAUAACUACGUAAAUUUUUGUCCGUCAAACUUUUCAAUCGACAAAUCACAUUUAAUAGUUGAGAGUCUUACUCUAUAUUUACUUUCACUGUGUUAAAAGAUGAAAACUUGAAGAAAGAGUAGAUGAUGACAGCGUUUUAAUUUUUGGCUGAAUUUUCUCUUCCCGUUACAAACCUCAGAAAAAGCAACCAAAAGUGCGAGUCGUGUUUUCGUUUUUAAAGAUCAGGUUUCUCACUCAAACAGCACUUGAGUUCUAAUAGAUUAGAAUUUACACACAAGUAUUAUAGGUUGGGUUGGUCGGUGGUGUGUUUUCGUAUUAAGACUUUUUCCACGUUGUUUCCCGCCAUUUUUGUCAGGUGCCAUUUUUCUGUUUAUUCCCAAAUUCUGCGGGCCGAAAUAGACACGUCUUCAGUCUUAUCAGCAACGUUGUGUUUUCCAUAGUCACAUAAAUAUGUCAUUCCAUUUACCCAAAUAAAAAAUGGAGUAGUGGUUUUGAGGUUUACUCUAUGAAAGCAUUCCUUUUUGUAUUUUGUAAAUACUUUUUUGUAGUUUCCGUAAUGUAAUUUCGGUAGGCAUUUCCGGUUGUUUUUGUUUCCACUGCAAAAACUAACGAUAUUAGGAGAUUGUGGAUCUCUGUCAGCUUCAACUUUCAGCUAGAAGACCCCGAAUCAGUAGAGCUCUAGUAUUUGCACAUUUGUAAUACGUAAAGAGGGUCUCAUAGCACAAGCAAUAAAAAUAAAAACGUUCACACUUCAAUCUGUCACCAUCACCAAAGCAGCUCAGAAGUCAAAGUAUGUUUGAUAUAUGCAUGUGCCAAUCAUGCAGAACUACACACAAAGCUACUGUAUAAUACAGUUUCAAUUCAGAGCCUUGCAUGAUUCACUAGUAGCUCCUGAUCAAAAUUAUGUUAGUGUUUUAUUAUCGUUUUGUUUAAACUGCUGGUGAACGAGCUUUUUUUUAAUGUUUUUAGUUUGUUUGUUUAAACAUCAAAGCAAUUAUCCAUAGUGUGUUGUUUGAUUCUUUUUAUUUAUUUGAAAUACUGUAAUAUUAUUUAGCAUUUUUAAUCUUUUGCCUUUUUUUUUGUGUACCGUUCACUAUAAUUCCUUCUGUCAGCGUAUUAAAUCGAAUGCCAGUAUUGUUUAGCAAUAUAUUAAAAAUAGAAAUUGUGUUAUUCAGAAACCUAAAGAUUUCCCUUUCCCGUGUCUGACUUGCACAUAGUGUUCAUGUUAAUCUCCAUCAGAAAUUUGUAUCGCUUGUAAAUCAUUCACAUCUUGAGCUCAAAGUUAUCUUAAAGGAACAUUACACUUUUUUUUGGAGUUAAACAGUUGAGUUUUAUCAUUUUGAAUCCAUUCAGCCGAUCUCCAGGUCUGGCGAGAGCACUUUUAGCUUAGCUUAGCAUACAUAAUUGAAUCAGAUUAGACCGUUAGCCUAAAAAAAAAAAAAAGAUGUGAAAAUGUCCCCCAUUUAAAGUUUGACUCAUUCUGGCAUAAUAAUUAGGGAACUUUGCUGCCGUUUGCAGGCGCAUUGAUAUUAGACAGCGCCUUGAUUAUUAUGCUGAGAGUAUAGUUCCUAGCCAUAUCAACCUAGAAAAUAGCAACUUAUUUUCUGUCGUUCUUAGUACAUGAUGUAACAACAAAAGAGUUGAGUUUAAAUCAAAAAAUCCUCAAACUAUUUUGAAUUUUCUGUUUUUUUUUUUUUUUUUAAUAAAUGAAUGCUAAUGGUCCAAUCCGAUUCAAUUAUUUAUGCUAAGCUAAGCUAAAAGUGCUCCCGCCAGACGUGGAGAUCAGCGGAAUGGAUUCAAAAAUGGUAAAACUCAACUGUUAAUAUUAUAGAGGACUUAAAAUAAGCCUAUUUUCUAAUGAAAGUGGAGUGGUCCUUAAAGAAUAAGAAUAAGUUUGUGUUCUCGGUCCUUUCCUGAAAUCUUCUGCUCUGUGCUGGACUAUUUAUUCUGUGAUGGAAGCCUUUUUUUAUGUUCAUGUUAAUCUCCAUCAGAAAUUUGUAUCGCUUCAAUCAUUCACAUCUUGAGCUCAAAGUUAUCUUAAAGAAGCACUACACUUUUAUUUGGAGUUAAACAGUGGAGUUUUAUCGUUUUUGAAUCUAUUCAGCCGAUCUCCAGGUAUAGUCGGAGCACUUUUAGCUUAGCAUAGAUAAUUGAAUCGGAUUUGACCGUUAGCCUAAAAAAAGAGAUGUGAAAUGUUCCCUAUUUAAAGUUUGAUUCGUUCUGGCGUAAUAAUCAAGGAACUUCGCUGCCGUUUGCAGGCGCAAUAUUACACAGCGCCUUGAUUAUUACACCGGAAUGAGAGUGUAGUUCCUAGCCAUAUCAGCCUAGAAAAUACGUAUUUUCUGUCGUUCUUAGUACAUGAUGUAACAACGAAAGAGUCAAGUUUAAGUAGAAAUAUUAUCAAACCAUUUUCCUUUUUUUUUUAAUGAAUGCUAAUGGUCUAAUCCGAUUCAAUUAUUUAUGCUAAGCUAAGCUAAAAGUGCUCCCGCCAGACCUGGAGAUCAGCGGAAUAGAUUCAAAAAUGGUAAAACUCAAUUGUUAAAAUUAUAGGGGACUUUUUUUAAAAGUGAAGUGUUCCUUUGAGAAUAAGAAUAAGUUUGUGUUCUCGGUCCUUUCCCGAACUCUUCUGCUUUGUGCUGGACUAUUUAUUCUGUGAUGGAAGCUUUUAUUUUAUGUUUAAUGCACUUUUGGCCUUUUUUAAUGCUCUAAAAUGAUCCCCUAAUAUAAAACUGCAAAUUAGCGUUGGAUCAGGUGGCGAUCAACUCAACAGCGUCUUGAAUUGAUCCACGAACAAAAGUAGAAAAGCGACACUGGACGUUUUAUUCUUCACACUAGUGAUUUUGUUUUGUUUUCAGUCCCUGUCAGCUGAAAAGAAAAUAUGACUAGAUAAAUGGUUGACAUUUAGAAAGCGGGAUUCCUUUUUUCGUGUAGUUUUUCUUUUCAUCUGUCUCCGUUUGCUCGUAACACCUCUCUGAUGGACAUUCAACUAUAACAAUGUCUGCUCAUUGUUUAUAUUGUACACUUGCAAUAAAGAUUUUUCAGUCUUUGAA